CCUUCACUUACCUUACCUUAUCCUAUCCAUACCGUUUCUUUUUUAAUGCAGCUCCAUCUUGCAAUUUUAUAACUAUAUUCUCUCCUUCUCUUUUUAUUUCCUAUGUCUCAGUGUCGUACUUACUUGCUUCUUAGUUAACCACUGCACUCCUCCUCCUCCAUCAUUUCUAUUCAAUUUACUUGUUUCCACUCAAUUUCGUUAUGUAAAACAGAUUAUAGUUACGUCUCAUCAAUUUUGAAACUGCCCUCACUUUUCUUACUGCAACAAUGGCUCCCAAAAAUGGAAAAGCCAAACUCCAUAAAGUUAAGGGAGAGAAGAAGAAAAAGGAAGAGAAAGUUUUGCCUACUGUUAUUGAAAUUACGGUUGAAAUACCAGAUGGUUCACGGGUUACGCUUAAGGGUAUAUCUACUGACAGGAUCCUUGAUUUGAGAAAGCUUUUAGCUGUCCAUGUUGAGACUUGUCACUUGACUAACUUCUCCCUAUGUCAUGAGGUGCGAGGUGAGAGGUUGAAAGAUAACGUCGAAAUCAUAUCACUCAAACCAUGUCAUCUCUUAAUCGUGCAAGAGGACUACUGCACGGAAGAGUCUGUCGUGACUCAUAUUCGCAGACUUUUGGACAUCACAGCGUGCACCUCAGCCUUCGGGAAACCCACUGGGAAAUCCAGUGCAGCUGCCUCGAUCGAAAAUAGCCCCAAACUCAAACCCAAGGAUCAGAAUUUGGACUUGGCUGAUGGCUCCAUGUAUCCACCACCUAGACUUGGACAAUUCUAUGAUUUCUUUUCCUUUUCCCACCUUACACCGCCCUUUCAAUACAUACGAAGAUCAAACCGUCCAUUCCUUGACGAUAAGACAGAGGAUGAUUUCUUUCAGAUUGAUGUUAGGAUUUGCAGUGGAAAACCAACUACAAUUGUUGCCUCUAGGAAAGGAUUUUAUCCCGCUGGAAAACGUCUUCUUAUAAACCAUGCAUUGGUGCCUCUCCUGCAACACAUAAGCAGGGUGUUUGAUGCUGCCUAUGGAGCUCUUAUGAAGGCAUUUACGGAACACAAUAAGUUUGGAAAUCUUCCUUAUGGUUUCCGUGCAAACACAUGGGUUGUCCCUCCAGUUGUUUCUGACAGUCCAGCAGUAUUUCCCUCACUACCCACAGAAGAUGAAGCUUGGGGAGGAAAUGGAGGUGGUCAAGGAAGCGAUCGCAAACAUGAAAAGAGACAGUGGGCUAGAGAUUUCGCAAUCCUCGCUGCAAUGCCUUGUCAAAAUGCAGAAGAGAGGCAGGUUCGAGAUAGGAAAGCCUUUCUGCUUCAUAGCUUAUUUGUAGAUGUAUCAGUCUUCAAAGCAGUUUCUGCAAUAAAUCAUUUUAAAGAUACCAAGCAAAGCUCUUCCAGUAACGUUCCAUCGUCUUAUGAAGAACGAAUUGGUGAUUUAACUAUUGAGGUGACAAGAGACGUAUCUGAUGCAAGCAUUAAGCUGGACUGCAAAAAUGAUGGGACUCGGGUUCUUGGAUUAUCAGAGGAAGAACUUGCUCAGAGAAAUUUGCUUAAAGGCAUAACUGCUGAUGAAAGUGCAGCUGUUCAUGAUACUUCCACUCUAGGGGCAGUGAUUAUACGACAUUGUGGCUACACAGCUGUGGUAAAGGUUUCCGCUGAGACAGAUUUGGCGGGGAGUCCUGAUGAUUCCUUGGAAAUUGAUAUUGAGGACCAGCCUGAAGGAGGUGCAAAUGCAUUAAAUGUUAACAGCUUGAGGGCGCUAUUGCAUAAGUCAUCCACACCUCAGUCAUCUAAUGCAGCAGUCCAACGAGUCCAGAGCACAGAUAUUGAUAAUUCUCAUUCUGCUCGGUCUUUCAUAAAGAAAGUUCUCAAAGAAAGUUUUCUAAAAUUGAAGGAAGAGGACACUAUUCAAAGCAAAUCUAUCAGAUGGGAGCUUGGGGCAUGUUGGGUACAACAUUUGCAAAAUCAAGCUACAGAAAAAACUGAGCCAAAAAAGGCUGAAGAAGCUAAAGUUGAACCAUCUGUAAAAGGACUUGGCAAGCAAGGUGGAUUACUAAAGGAAUUAAAGAAAAAGAUUGACAUCAAGAACUCGAAAGUCGAACUAGGGAAUGGCAUUGACACAAACAAGUCUGAUGCUACUCAACAGGAUUUUGAAAGACAGUGUGAAGAAAAGGAAACUACAUGGAGAAAACUACUUCCUGAUGCUGCUUAUUCUCGCCUUAAGGAAUCUAAAACUGAUUUUCAUCUCAAGUCACCUGAUGAAUUGAUGGAGAUGGCACAUAAAUAUUAUGACGAUGUUGCACUUCCAAAGCUGGUGGCAGAUUUUGGGUCCCUUGAACUUUCACCUGUUGAUGGAAGAACAUUGACUGAUUUCAUGCACACCAGGGGCUUGCAAAUGUCUUCUUUAGGACGAGUGGUUGAACUUGCUGAUAAACUUCCUCAUGUGCAAUCGCUUUGUAUACAUGAGAUGGUUGUUCGAGCCUACAAGCACAUCUUGCAAGCUGUUGUUGCAGCUGUUGAUAAUGAUUCUGAAAUGGCUUCAUCUAUAGCAUCAUGCUUAAAUAUAUUAUUGGGAACACCGUCAAUUGAAACUAAUGAUGCUGAAAUUACUAGUUGUGAUGAACUGAAAUGGAAGUGGGUAGAAAUCUUCCUUUUGAAGAGGUUUGGAUGGAAGUGGAAGCACGAAAGCAGUAAUGAUUUAAGAAAGUUUGCUAUUCUUCGUGGACUUUGCCAUAAGGUUGGACUUGAGCUGGUUCCAAGGGACUAUGAAAUGGAAACAGCAUCUCCUUUUCGAAAGUCAGAUAUUGUAAGCAUGGUCCCCAUAUACAAGCAUGUUGCUUGCUCAUCUGCUGACGGUCGAACUUUAUUGGAAUCAUCAAAGACUUCUUUGGAUAAAGGUAAAUUGGAGGAUUCUGUCAACUACGGUACAAAGGCACUUUCAAAGUUAGUAUCAGUGUGCGGGCCUUACCAUAGAAUGACAGCAGGAGCUUAUAGUCUAUUGGCUGUUGUGCUAUACCAUACUGGUGAUUUCAAUCAGGCAACUAUCUAUCAGCAAAAAGCACUCGAUAUUAAUGAAAGAGAGCUUGGACUGGACCAUCCUGAUACAAUGAAAAGUUACGGAGAUCUUGCUGUUUUCUAUUAUCGACUCCAACAUACUGAGUUGGCUUUAAAGUAUGUUAAUCGUGCGUUGUAUCUUCUGCACCUAACUUGCGGACCUUCACAUCCGAACACUGCUGCCACCUACAUCAAUGUAGCAAUGAUGGAAGAAGGAUUAGGGAAUGUCCAUGUUGCGCUGAGAUACCUUCACGAGGCUUUAAAAUGUAACAAAAGAUUACUUGGAGCUGAUCAUAUACAGACGGCAGCGAGUUAUCAUGCAAUAGCCAUUGCUCUUUCUUUGAUGGAAGCGUACUCUCUUAGCGUUCAGCAUGAACAAACAACUCUCCAGAUAUUGCAGGCCAAACUUGGGUCUGAGGAUCUAAGGACUCAGGAUGCAGCUGCAUGGCUUGAAUAUUUCGAGUCAAAGGCUCUCGAACAACAGGAAGCUGCACGGAAUGGUACACCUAAGCCAGAUGCCUCUAUCUCCAGCAAAGGUCACUUAAGUGUGUCUGACCUCUUGGAUUACAUAACACCUGAGGCUGAUCUGAAAGCAAGAGAAGCACAAAAAAAGGCCCGUGCCAAGUUGAAGGAAAAACCAGACCAAAAUGGGGAUAUUGCUGCAGAAGAAAAUCAUAACGAGAUACCGAAUGAUACAAUAGCAGAGACUUCAAGUGAUAAGGAAAAUAAAUCUGAAGCUCAAUUUCAAGAACUAAAGAUUGAUAAAGUUGAGUCCAAUGACAAAGAUCAAACCACUCUCAAUGAAAGUAAUAAACUGGCACAGGAUGACAUCUCAGAUGAAGGAUGGCAGGAGGCUGUUCCCAAAGGUCGUUCACUCAUUGGACGCAAGUCAUCUUCAUCAAAAAGACCUACCCUAGCAAAACUGAAUACUAACUUCAUGAAUAACUCCCAAUCAUCAAGGUAUCGAGGAAAGCCUGCAAACAUUUCUUCUUCUCCAAGAUCAAAUUUAAAUGAGACUAUUGCGGGGCCCUCCCCGGCUGUUCCAAAGAAGUUUGUCAAGAGCCCAAGCUUCAGCCCUAAGCCGAAUGGCUCUAACACCCCUACUGCGGGUGUAGAGAAGUUAGCUGACACAAAGUCAGCUCCAGUCAGCCCAGCUCUAAGCAAUCAAACUGCUAAACCAGCUUCUGUUAGUGGAGGUAUCAGUCUUCAAUCGACGAGUAAGUUAUUUUCUUACAAAGAAGUUGCCUUAGCCCCACCUGGAACAAUUGUCAAAGCUGUGGCUGAACAGUCACCAACAGGAAAUCCCACUGUUGAACAAAACUCUGAGGUGAGCCCGAAAAUAAUUGCAACAAAGGAGAUUCAUAAGGGAACCUCAAACGAUAUCAAUGAUAAUGAUCAGAACUCAGUUGGUGAGAAAAAGAAAGAAUCUCUCCAUGGAGAAGAAAAAGAAAAGAAAAUUGAUGUAGUGGCAGAUGAUACAGAAACACUAAAAAGUACUGAUGUCAGAAAAUCCCAGGAAGCCAAUGGUGAUGGUGUGAUAGAGAAGAAUGUUGAAGUUGGAAACAUGACAAACACGGAGGUUGAGAAAUCUAAUUGCGUAAACAAUACGACCAAUGCUACAUCCAAAGGUACAUCAGAGAUAGAAGCACAAGCAACUUCCCUAACCAUUUCAGUUGAAAGUAAAACACAGUUAAACGGCAAUGAUGCAUCUGUAUCAAAAGAGGUGGUUACUGAGGGAGAUGAGAAACAACUUGACUUUCCCCAACCAUCUGAAGGACAAAAACCAGAAGAGACAGAAACGGGAAAAGAACCAACCAAGAAACUUUCAGCAGCUGCACCACCAUUUAAUCCCUCCACAAUUCCAAUUUUUGGGUCUGUUCCAGUUCCAGUUCCAAGUUUCAAUGAUCAUGUAGGUAUUUUGCCCCCGCCAGUAAAUAUUGCUCCUUUGCUUCCACGAAGAUCUCUCCAUCAGUCAGCAACAACUAGAGUUCCAUAUGGUCCACGAAUUUCUGGUGGCUAUAAUAGACAUUAUGGAAAUCGCAUUCCACGAGGUAAGAUUAUAUUUCCCUCAGGUGAGCAGUCUAGUGAUGGCAACCCCAACAGCCCUCCAACAAUAAUGAAUCCACAUGCCAUAGAGUUUGUACCUGGUCAAACAUGGGUUCCUCCGAAUGGAAAUAUAGCUUCUCCAGAUGGCAAUCCAGUAUCUCCUAAUGGUUUCUCUCCGGUCUCUCCCAAUGAUGGUACUCCUCCUGAAUCACUAAAUGAUACCCAAGUGAACCAAAUUGAGCAUCCAACAUCUCCAACUACUUCAAAUGAUUCCGCACAAGUUAAGAACAAUCUUCAAAAUGAAAAAGAUAAUGAUGAGCAAGUUAUUGAAGCUGUUAGUUGUGAAAAGAAGCCAGCAGAGCUAAAUCCUCAACAAGACCCACCUGUUAGCGAUGAAAAUUGUUGUCCUAAAGUUGAAGAAAAGGAUAUAGACCAUAGUCACUCAAUUGAGGAUGGAGUAACCAACAAGGACACACUAGAUGAGAUAAAUCCAAACAAAUGUUGGGGAGAUUACAGUGACAAUGAAGUUGAUACAGUUGAGGUCAUAGGUUAAGAUGUAAAGCUUUUCUUGGUAAUCAAGAAAGACUUUUUGUUGCAAAGGUAUCAAGAUAACAAAAUGUGAUAAAGGAAUUGGUUGGAUUUAGAAGGUGCUGUACCUGAGUUUGCAUGGUAGAAAGUCUAAUCCAUUUUGGUACAUAUUGACUGAGGGGUUCAAGUUUAAGGUCUGUUUUUGUGAAGAGAGCCGCAUACAUGACAACGGAAGACAUUAUGAUUAGUUAAUUAGCAUGUCUUAAAUUAUUUUCAUUUGCUGUAUUUUUUUUUUUGGAUGUUCAGCUUUGAUGUCAUGAAACUAAGUUGAUAGUUGAUGACUAGGUUUAAAGAAAAUAAUGUAUUAUCUCUGUCUUUUCGAAUUUGUUGUCAUUUUAUAUUUUAAAAUGAUAUUUUCCACAUGAUGAAUAAUAACACGUUCAGGAAUCAAAAUGUUGGACUUGGCGAUCAUAAAUGGGAAAGCAUGGAUAUUAGUAUGUA